AUGGUCCGGCCCAGAAGAGGGCAGCAGUUCAAACAGGAGAGAGGAAACCUGCAGGUGAAAAUCCUCCAGGCUACCGGUCUUCCUCGCCACCUCUCCAACUUUGUGUUCUGUCAGUACCUGUUCUGGGGGCAGGAGGAGCCCGUGUUCACCGCCCCAGAGGUGGCCACAUCCAGCUCCUCAUCUGCUUCCAGAGACCCCCAGUGCACUGUGGUCUUUGACAAUACCAAGGAGCUGUCUGUUCCAAUAUCAGAGGACCUGCUGGAGUUUCUGGCCGACGCUGCAAUGGCUGUUGAAGUUUACGGCCACAAGCAGGAAAACCAUCGCAGGAACCUGGCACUGUGGGACCUGGGGGUGAUUCAAGCCAAGACCAGAUCCCUCAGAGAGAGGUGGAGCGAGGUGACCCGGCGGCUGGAGCUGUGGGUGCAGCUGAUGGAGCUAAACGAGGCGGGAGAGUACACAGCUGUGGAAGUACUUCCUGCUAAGGAUGUUCGCACUGGAGGUGUCUUCCAACUCAAACAGGGUCAGUCUCGGAGGAUCCGGGUGGAGGUGCGUUCGGUGGCAGACUCGGGCACCAUGCCCCUCAUCGCAGCCUCCAUCCUGUCUGUUUCGAUUGGGGAUGUAAAGGUUCGCCAGACACGAUUGUCCAAAAGUGAUCCACAGUUGGCCACCUUAUCUGAAUUCGCCUUGAGGACAUGUUAUUUGAUGCUCUAA